UGCUGAAAAUAAGAUAAAAAUCGUACUAGGACUACAUAAUUAAAUUUUGUUAGAAUUAAAUCAAAGUGAAUCUACUUUAUAUGUUAUUGUUUUCAAAGUGCGAUUGCUUGUUUGGAUGUAGUCUACUAGUCCAGUGUUGUGGUACACAUUAAAAGUGUAUUAACAAUCAUCGUAUAAAAUAUUUUGUAGAACACGAAGUUUUCUCAACAUUUCCUAGAGGUACGCUCGGACAUCCUGAUAAUGAGCUUGAUAGCUCAUUAACUCAAGGCUAUGUCCGGAUACGAAUCACUGACCGGGAUCAGUUCUACCUCCAGUCGUUUCUGUAACUGGUUCAAACGUAUGAAGCUUUACCGAAUAGGAAUCAUCGUUGCUGCCUGCUUACUAUUGGUUCCUUUUGUGUUCUACAGCUUGUUAUUGAAUGAUGAAUCUAACGCACCGAGUAAUGAUAUUCAUCGAACGCGAUCGCAGUUGGAAGCGUUCGAGGAUAUUAGUCCGCUUAAAGCAGCUGAUUUGAAGCUACGCAUAGACGAGAUGCUUAGGAUAAAGGGAACUGUUUCUUUGGAGUUGCGUGAUUUGGAAGCAAGACGACAGAAGUUGCAGUCGGAUAUCGGACUGUACAACCAGAAAAUAGAUGAGCUCAAGCAGGAAUUGGGCAGACAACAGACUGAGUUAGAACGAUUGAAAAUAUCCGUGGAGCAGGCACAAGUUGCUCAGCAAGAAGCAGUUCUUCGCAAUACACCCGAGCUUGCGUUACCAAAACCACUGUUUUCGGCAUCAGUACCCGAUUUGAAACAAGCUAUUCCAGUCUCGCAAGUACGUUGGUGUAAAAUGAGUACCUGUUUUGAUCAUUCCCGGUGUAGUUUAACAUCUGGAUUUCCCGUGUAUUUGUACGAUCCGGAUGUCAUUUCGGUUGUAAGUAAAGGGUUCGACAUCGAUGGAUUUCUGAAGACGACAAUCAAGCAAACACUUGGUUAUAAUGCUCACCUAACCAGUGAUCCUAAAAAAGCAUGCGUUUUCUUUGUACUUGUGGGAGAAGCGCUAUCAGACCAGGAAACUAUACGUAAUAGUCGAUAUGGAGUCACCAAUUUGGAGAAUUCAAAACGUGUUGCUAGUUCUAGUUUGAAUAUCACGAAGAUAAAACAACUGCCAUAUUGGGGAGGAGACGGUCGGAAUCAUGUGUUGCUAAAUUUUGCUCGACGGGAUUUGAGCCUAGGGGUUGGGAACGUGUUUCGAAAUGUGGAUACUGGCCGAGCGAUGGUGGCGCAGUCGAGCUUCGAAGAGCAACAAUUUCGCCGCGGAUUUGAUAUGAUUGUACCUCCAAUUUUGGGUCCUCCGGGUGGGGACGUCUGGCAGGACUGCAGUCCAAUGUUACCGGCUAGGAGAAAAUAUUUGCUAAGUUUUCAAGGAGAGAUAAACGUACAUCAGAACCAGUCGGUUUCAAAUAAUAUCGACGAGGAAGCAGAAACUGUCGACGAUUUCAUAAUUGAGCACAUGAAAGAAAUGUCAUCUGGGCAUACGCAAGAUCGUUUCUUAUUACAAUUUGAAUGUAUUCCAGCUACAGAACUACGAAGUUCAUCCCAUGUUCGAGACUGGUCACUUUGCGGAACGGACAAUUCGCGAAAAAGUGUAUUGAAAGAUUCCACGUUCACACUUCUGCUAUCCCCCGGUGGGUUUAGCGUUAGUUCCACACUAUUUCAGGCACGUUUAUACGAAGCCUUGCGAGCUGGAGCCAUCCCUGUGAUCCUAGGAGGCGAUCAGGUGGAACUUCCAUAUGGAGAAACGAUCGAGUGGCGGCGAGCUGCGGUAUUACUGCCUAAAGCCAGGAUUACUGAGUUGCACUUUUUGCUACGGGCUAUUCCGGAUGCGGAUCUUUUGAGCAUGCGUCGCCAAGGUCGUCUUUUUUGGGAAAGAUAUCUCAGUUCGGUUCAAGCUACUGUUGACACCAUAAUUGCAAGUCUGAGAGAUCGUCUCGGCAUUCCACCAAAACCAGUUCUGCCGGUUGUAGCACACAGCGUAUUCAAUGCGAGUUUUAUUCCGCUGAAAUCUGAUCCGGUGUUGGACACGGAACCAGAAGAAUCCUUAGGACCGAUUGAGCCGCCCUACCCAAGUCCAGCAUAUCGAAGAAAUUAUACUGCUCUUUUAAUACAGUCUCGUGAAGCCUGGAAUGAUUGGGCAGAUCCCUUCGCUCUUUAUCCACAGCUUCCGUUUGAUCCAGUGCUACCAUCCGAUGCAAAGUUUAUUGGUUCGCACAUGGGUUUCCGUCCCAUCGGUAAAGGGGCUGGUGGCGCUGGCAAGGAGUUUGGUGAAUCUCUCGGCGGUAACUAUCCUCGGGAACAAUUCACAAUCGUAAUCCUAACAUAUGAACGUGAACAAGUGCUAAUGGAUUCACUCAGUAGACUAUACGGACUACCCUACCUGCAUAAGGUUAUUGUCGUAUGGAAUUCACCAAAGCCACCCUUGGAAGAUUUACGUUGGCCUGAUAUAGGAGUUCCUGUGCAUGUCGUGCGUGCUCCUCGUAAUUCACUGAACAAUCGUUUUUUGCCGUUUGAUGCAAUUGAAACCGAAGCAGUUUUAUCAGUCGAUGAUGAUGCUCAUUUGCGGCACGAUGAGAUACUUUUUGGCUUCCGUGUAUGGCGUGAGCAUAGGGAUCGCGUUGUAGGCUUUCCCGGACGUUUCCAUGCUUGGGAUACUAAUACCCUGGACGCGUGGAAUUACAAUUCCAACUACAGCUGCGAGUUGAGCAUGGUACUGACCGGGGCCGCAUUCAUACAUAAAUACUACACCUACUUGUACACAUACGUACUACCACAAGCCAUUCGGGACAAAGUCGAUGAAUAUAUGAACUGCGAGGACAUUGCUAUGAAUUUUCUCGUAUCACACGUCACUCGGAAACCACCAGUUAAGGUUACUUCUCGCUGGACGUUCCGCUGUCCAGGUUGCCCUGUGUCUCUAAGUGAAGACGAUACACACUUCCAGGAGCGACAUAAGUGUAUUAAUUUCUUUACUAAGGUGUUUGGCUAUACACCCUUGCUGAAUACUCAGUACCGAGCCGAUUCCAUACUUUUUAAAACGAGGAUACCCCACGAUAAGCAGAAGUGUUUUAAAUUCAUAUAGACCAUCGCAGUCGUGGUCGCCAUUUUAGGGUUUACUAUGCACCAUCACAACGCGUCUCAUCCAGUUUACUGGGAGUAUACAUUUCCGUAAUUAGAGUCUUGUCCAGUUGAUCUCUAUUGCCAGCACCACGCAACAAGUUCGCUAUAACAGUCGUAGUGCACAGACGGAAAUCUAUUAGACCAAACAAAACAUAAUUUUAAAGUUAGAACACUAGUUGCAACCAAUUGUACUCAUAUAGGUAUCCUAUCACUGUAUUAGAUGUGUAUAUUGAAUUUAUUUUACGGCAGCUUUUAUCGGCGACUUUACAAGAAUUAUUUUAAGAUUUUAAUUCGCAAUAUAAUGUAGAAUUAUACUUACCCCGUGGUAGUGUAAAACUGUGCAAGGUAUACUUUUAUGUUUUUAGUUGCUAACAUAUGAGUUGUUUCAGUUUUUUUUCCAACAGUGCCAGAUUAUUUUUAAUAGCAUAUUAAAUCAUAAUAAUUCUACA